CCUCGGGCUUGACAGCGAACACAAAAAGGACAUGCAACGAACACAGCUACUUAGCAGGCUAAUUAGCUAGCUCCCAGAGCCUCGGACCUCAUUGUCCACAGACAUCACAGACAUCACAGACGUCCAAUGGUUCAAUUUAUCAUUCAUUACAGCCUAUAUGUAGUUAAUUAGUCUUUUUAAAUGGCGUUCAAUGGCCACCAACACGACGAUGAAAGUAUCGACGAAGACGAAACGCCCACGAAGCAGCCGCGGUCCAACAAGGAGAUGCCCGGUUGUUUCAGAAACGAGCCCAACAAUGAGGCAUCCGCGUCCGCCGGGAGAGCCACAUCCGACCGGCGGAGCUCCAACGCGACGCCGAGGCAGCGGAUCGACUCGGUGAAGAAAACAAGGCCGCCUUUUCCCUGGUUUGGGAUGGACAUUGGAGGCACUCUGGUGAAGCUGGUGUACUUUGAGCCCAAAGACAUCACAGCAGAGGAGGAGCAGGAGGAGGUGGAGAACCUGAAGAGCAUCCGGCGCUACCUAACCUCCAACACCGCCUAUGGUAAAACGGGCAUCAGGGACGUGCACCUGGAGCUGCAGGACCUGACGCUGUGCGGCAGGACGGGCAACCUGCACUUCAUCCGCUUCCCCACGCACGACCUGCCGGCCUUCCUGCAGAUGGGUCGCAACAAGCACUUCUCCAGCCUCCACACCACCCUCUGCGCCACGGGAGGGGGGGCGUACAAGUUUGAGUCUGAUUUCCGCACGAUGGCAGACCUGCAGCUUCACAAGCUGGAUGAGCUGGACUGUUUGAUUCGGGGUGUGUUGUACAUCGACUCGGUGGUGUCCGGCGGACCCUCGGAGUGCUACUACUUUGAAAACCCCACAGACCCAGAUCGUUGCAUCCAGAAGCCCUACACACUGGAGAACCCCUAUCCCCUGCUGCUGGUCAACAUAGGGUCUGGGGUCAGCAUCCUGGCUGUCUACUCUGAGAGCAACUACAAACGAGUUACAGGGACCAGCCUCGGUGGUGGGACCUUCCUGGGCCUGUGUUGCCUGCUGACUGGCUGCUCUACUUUCGAGGAAGCUCUAGAAAUGGCUUCUCAAGGGGAGAGCACCCGGGUGGAUAAGCUGGUUCGGGACAUUUAUGGAGGAGACUAUGAGAGGUUUGGGCUGCCAGGCUGGGCUGUAGCCUCAAGUUUUGGCAACAUGAUGUCCAAAGAGAAGAGGGAGUCGGUGUCCAAAGAGGACCUGGCCAGGGCAACACUGGUCACCAUAACCAAUAACAUCGGCUCCAUCACCAGAAUGUGCGCUCUCAAUGAGAACAUAGAGAGAGUGGUGUUUGUGGGCAACUUCCUCAGAGUGAACACUCUCUCUAUGAAGCUUCUGGCCUACGCCAUGGACUACUGGUCUAAAGGACAGCUCAAGGCACUUUUCCUACAACAUGAGGGUUACUUCGGAGCAGUUGGUGCCUUGUUAGAGCUUCUGCAUCCAUCCUAAUCCGUCCGAAAACUACAUCCAAAGAAGUACUUGUCAAUCUGCUGCAAAGACCUUUAGCACUUUAGACUGUUCACAGUUAAUUUCACAGUGGGAUGUUAUGCCCGCCACCAACCAGUCACCCAGUUACUGGUAAAUCUUGGUUGUGGCAGGCAAAAUGUCAAACAUUUAGAGGACCUAUGUUUGUAUAAUGGUGACUUCUAAGUAUUAAUACACUGUUGUGGUCAGUAGAUAGAAGUCUGUGUCCUGCCCUGACCAAAGUUGUGUGCAGCAAAGUUGACAAAGUCAUCGUCUGCAGGACUUUGGAGAAAAUGAGCUGGGGUUUGGUCUGAAACUACUCAAGGAAAUUCACCACAGUUGCCUGAAAUACUGUAGGUUUAAAAAGUCCUUAAAUGGUCUUGUGGACUGCACUUCAUUCUCAGUGGGUAUCAAGUCCUUUUUAUAAAUGGUUUAUUUUAUCAUACUGAGGUACCAGGUGGAUGGGAGCCUGUUCAGUGUGUGAGCUUAACCACAGGAAAGAUUUUACUAGAAAAUCAUCAAUCAUUGUUUAUUUGUCGAAUAUGUUGUCGAUUAAUUGUUUGGUCUAUAAAAUAACUAAAAAUAGUUAAAAAUACCCGACUUUAUCUUCCAGAUCCAAAGAUAACUUUACUUUAAAAUGCUUUAUUUGUCCGAACAACAAUUCUAAACCCCAAAGACACAAUUAUCAUAUGAAAGUGAACUAUCUGUCUAAUUGACUAAUCCUUUCCACUCUCCGUACCUGUUCCAAAUAACAACAUAUUGGAAAUGAAACAACACUGGUUAAUCCUGCAAAAUUCAUUGAAGGGGAAUGAAAGAAAAGAUGGCUUGAACUCUGAAAUUUAGAGUACUCACUGACCGAUUUAGCCGUUGAUAUCGGUGCACUGUCGCGGUAGUACUCCCAUCCAUCUGGUAGUCUUAGUAAGCUCAACACUGAGAAUCAUUUACAACCACUUAUGUGUUUUAUUAUCUGUGAGCAUUUUACUCAUCGUCACCAGUUGGACUUGAAAGGAGGAUGUGAAUGGUAAAUGGUUUUUAAACAGUUUCUGCAAAAACAAAUGUUUCCUCAAUGGAUGUUGACUCUAAAUUUCAUCACUUAUUCUUUAAUGGAGAUAUUAACUGUUACUGGUGUAGAUAGUAUAAUUUUAAGACAGUUUCUGCCUCUGUGAAUGGGAAAUAUUGUCCUGUUACAGUAGUUUUCCCACUUGAGAUCUCAGUGUUUGUAAAAGAACCCAAAUGUUUACUCUGAGCUGUUUGAGAAAUCAGGAAAUCUAGACAAUCAUUGUUGGGGUUAGUGAGACUGUACUGUUAUGAAUUCAAGCCCCUUUCUGACCCCAAAACGUCUGCCCUGCUGAAGUGCCCUUGAGCCGCUGCAACCCUUUCCCCGCAGAGAGAAAAUCAGAGCAAGCAGAAAGAGAUUUAUAAAUGUGAAGAUGCAAAAUAGAGGCUAAAAUUAGGGCAUUUGAUCCCUGAAAUGUUCCCCAGGUCCAAGAAAAAGUUUUUGUUUUUUUUUUAAAUGCAGAAACUUGAUGAAUCCCUCCAAUGGAGGUUUGAACUCCAAACCCUUUCUGUCUUGUUGGGCAUGUUCAGUAUGUACUUAAAUAUUGCUUUUGCUUUCAUUUGGUCAGUUUCCCCUGAAGCUUUUAUUCUUUUUAACAGGAAUUUAGCAACGUAGAACCUGAUUGUUUAACCCUGUGUCUCCGAUGUGUGCGUUUUUGUUUGUCCUAUAAUCAUUUAAUGCUUAUCCGUCCUAUUUUAAUGUAAUCUGUUUUUUAAGUGAUCGAUCCGUCGAUGGAUUACAGGGACCAUAAUGAAUCAUUAACUACCUAAAAGGAGGAGAUUUCACUCCCAGAAUAGUUGGAAAUUCAGUGGACACAGUUGUUCAGUGGUCAGUUACUGGAGAUAAUGUAUCUGCAAGUUGUAAAAUACAGCAAGUUGAUUUUAAAAUGAAGUGCCUGUCAUGUUUUUGUAUCUAAUACAUGAAUGUGUUGAGCAAUGUGAUUUUUAAAAUGAGACAAACUGUAAUUCUCUAGGUUUCCCCUCUUGUUGUUUUUGUUGUUGUUGUUGUUUGCUUCUAACUUUUUUUUUGUAACUCACAUCACAAGAUUUCUUACUGCAUUGUCCCUAUUAAAAUACAAACGUUUCAUAUC